CACGAAAGCAAGGUUUCCAAACAAUGGACUUCAAACAUUUGGAUCUCUUAGACCAGUACCAAACUGUCAUCGUCAACUCCCUUCCUAUCCCGGCAUUCACUGCAGUGCUGGAGGAACUGUUCUUCUAUGAGGUCAUCACUGAUGACGAACAAGACUACAUACUGAGCAGCCCCAGCCGAGAGGAGAGGGUCAAUGACCUGGUCGACAUCAUGAAGGGAAAGGACGACGACGACUUCUACCGGUUUAGGAAGGCACUGCAGGAGACGGGCUGUGAUCAUCUGGCGAAUCUUCUGCAUGAAGAAGAACAGAAGCCAAGUCUUCCCGUCGUUCCACAUCCAUCGGACUCCUCACUGGAGGGGGAGGACGUCUUACUGAUGGAGGAUGUUGUAUCACUCCGCGAGCAGCAGGGGAGCGAGGGAAGCGUCAGUGACGUCACGGGUUUUUACAACGAUGGUUUCGAAGAGGAAGAUGAUGAUCAGAGAGGGGAGGACCGAGAAGAGAUUACGCCGGGAGGGUUUGAAAAUUCUGAAGACGACGGAGACGUGGAAGAUUCAGAAGACGAAGAUACGGAUGAUUCGCAAGAACCACCCGAAGACGAAUCGUCCCGGUACCUAACCCCCGCUGCCAGGGAACACUGGGCCGCUCACAUCGCCGACUACUUCUGGGACGAUCCCAAGAGAGGGGAGGCUCUGCUGGAAACGUGGUACAACUACCGCCUUGUGGUGGUCAACCUGCUGGAAGACGAGUUCUUUUGGGACCCCCUGUGUUCCUACUGGUCCAAAGAGCGUAGAAAGCUGCCUUCGACGCUCACUCAGUUUGUCGUACACUGUGUGAAACACAGUAAGGAGAUCUGUGAAUUCAGGGAUGGAGAGAGCAGAGUGUCUUUUUAUAACACUCUUGGACAGAAGUUACAGUCACUUCCGAGCAUUCAGAACAUGAUGCAAGUUUCGGAUUUGUCUCAGACGGCGGAUUUAGUCAUGUCGUUCCGAGAACUGACUGACCAAGACAUCACAGCCCUCUGCAGACUAUUUUACCUCAUGGCGGAUCUGAAAGUUAUGGAGGUUGACGGAAACAAGUUCACGGGGAAAGGAGCGUUGGCGAUCGCGCAGACGUUACGUCAUGUCCCAAACCUAGAGCGUUUCAACAUCAAUGGGAUUAAAGUACGGGACGCAGGAGCGAGGGCUUUGGUGACGAAACUGUGUUUGUUAGAAAACUUGCUUCAUGUGGAGUUUAGUGGUUGCGGGUUGUCUGAAAAAGCUGGUGUGGGCCUGGGUAGCCGGAUAAAAGACAUCGCGAAUCUAGAAGUUCUGAACCUUGGCUGUAACAGUCUUGGAGACGAUGCCGCGAGCGAGCUAGCACAGUCCUUCGCCAAGACCACAAAGAUGCAAAAGGUGUACCUCCACUACAACAGAAUCACGUCAGAUGGCGCUUUAUCCGUAGUCGGAAGCUUGAAGAACAUGCCAGAACUUCGACAGUUCGGAAUCGGUGGAAACCUAACGACAGCGACUUGUCUUUCGGCUUUCUCCGACUAUAUCGAAUACCUAGAAGAUUAUGUGGAUCUCAGGUUCUUCACAAUUCACUACACAGCCGACAUACAGGAGAAAAUAAUGGAAAUGUUGAAGAGGUUUAUCAACAAACACUCGGCGAGGGUGGACGCGGGCGUCUCUUCAGUGUUUCUGUAUGACGGAAUGGCGGGUAGCGGAUCGGAUGAACAGAGAGAGAAAGAAUGGGAGAAAGUCAAGGAAGCUCUAAUGUCGACGAAUGGGGUCACUGUCAGGUGCAAACAUGCAGAUCUUCAAAUCCAGCUGACAGAGGAUCAUGAAACAUCGUAA